AUGAUUCACGGUGAAGAAAGGCUCCCUUGUUUCCGUAAUGGAAAGCAAAGAGAUCGCUGCCGUUGCCAUGACAACGGAAUCACCCAUUCAAAAGAGGAUCAGGGUUUGGAUGACCCAGUAUGGCUUGCCGCCGUGCGCUGCUGGUGACAAGGCUGACCAUCCCAUGAUGGCCAUAUCCACAAGGAGGAACAAGAGCCAAAGGUCUCAUCUUGACAUAAAGGAGAACCUCCUCUGGAUGUCGGCUGACAUGGAAGGGAUCAAAGGAACUAUUUUAGUGUUGUGCCUUAUCGGCUUAAGUAAAGCCAAUAACAGUCCUACAAUCGACAGUAAUGUUUAUUCUGUGUGUGAAGACACUCCAAUAGGUGCCUACAGGUUUACUAUAAAAGCAACAGACCCUGAAGGUGACCCAUUGACGUAUUCACUCACUAAGCCCAAUGACGAAUACUUUGAAGUUGAAAGUAACACCGGGAGAGUGUCGGUCCUUAGGAGUCUUGAUAGAGAGGUGUCUGAUGUAAUGGCACUUGGAGUUGCUGUCUCUGAUACUUCCAAUGUACAAACAGCAAUAUUAACUAUAAUAUUAUUAGAGGCAAAUGACAACCGACCCAUAUUCCAGUCUUCUACAUAUGACAUUGAGACCCCAGAAAACACCGCUGUAGGUACGACUCUUUUUAGGGCAUUGGCCACCGAUGCAGACACUUCAAGCGGUGCUGUUAUUCAAUACAGCAUUGAUGAAGUUACUCCAAAUGCUGGAUCUAGUCUUUUUAACAUUGUAUCCACGACUGGUGAAGUCACAUUAGUGGGGCCUCUGAAUUAUACCUCAUUGAGCACCUUCUAUCGGCUGAAGAUUAACGCAACUGAUGGUGGAGGCCAAUGUUAUUAUAAUCAAACCAAUUACUUCUCAAGCAUCGCGUUUUCCUUCAUUACGGUUGUGGAUGUCCCAGACCUUGACCCGCGGUUCCUUGGUACUCCCUACGUAGGGAGUGUUAAAGAGAAUUCUCCUGCGGACACGUCUGUUUUUCAAGUGACCGCCCUGGACCAGGACACAGGAAUCAGUGAUAAAAUCAUCUACAGCAUUGAAGAUUCCACAGCUGAGGGCCUGUUUAAAAUCUCAGCAAAUGAUGGCGUCAUAUCUGUACUGUCACAUAUUGACAGAGAAGCGAUAGGUGACACUGUUACCCUGGCUGUAAAGGCGACUGAGUCCAAACCGAACAUCCACGGGGUCCAAGCCACCGCCACCACAACAGUACUGAUCAACAUCCAAGACGUCAAUGACAACGGGCCGAAGUUUUACAAAUGUGUGGAUGAGCACAAGUGUGUGGAAGAGAGUCACUUCACAGGAGAGGUGGAUGAGCACUGGUUGGGCUCCAUUUUCAUCAACAUGACUGUCAAAGAUCUGGAUAAAUUUACUUCGACUUCUUUAACCCUGGAGGGAGAAGACAAAGCUGUGUUUUCUGUACAACCAACAUCUACAACAUCAGCCAGCAUCGUUCAGCUUCAGGUCAAGGAGCCCCAAAAACUAGAUUUUGAAGACAAACAGCAAAUGGUUCUGCAAAUCAUUGCUACAGAUACAGACGAAUCCACCUUCCAGUCGACGGCAACAGUUACUAUUACUAUCAAGGACACCAAUGACAACAGCCCUGAGUUCCCACAGGAACUCUAUAAGUUAAACAUUGCUGAGAACUCUCCUGUUGGGACAGAAUUGAAGACAAUUACUGCCGACGACCCUGACACAAUGGAUCAAGGCAAUUUGACCUACAGACUUCUUCCAGACAGCAUACUGCCGUAUUUUGACGUGCAACCUCGCACGGGCAGAGUUUACGUGAAAAACUCAACUCUGCUGGACCGUGAGGUCAGAUCUCUGUAUUCAGCCACCCUGCAGGCUAGUGACACGGACAACAAGCCCGGCAGCACAGUGCUGGAGAUCACUGUGACUGACAUCAACGACAAUGCCCCGAUCUUCAACAGAGACAACUACCGGGAGUUUGUUAAAGAGGGUGAAACCCUUGAACUUAAGAUUGAGGCAACCGAUGCAGAUGACUCCGAGACCAAAAACAGCCAAAUCGUGUAUAGCAUUGAUCCAAGCCAAUACAGUGUCAACUUCACCAUCGACCCUGACACCGGCGUGUUGAGAAAUACCGGUGAGCUUGAUCGUGAGGCGGUGGACCCGAAAGUGAACGGUAUGAUUGAGCUCAACGUAACUGCUACGGACAAGGGCGUACCGUCCUUAUCCACCACGGUGCCCGUUACCAUCAUCGUGGAGGAUGCCAAUGAUAACACACCACAAUUCAAAGCCACCACUUACAAAUUCUCUGUCAAAGAAGGUGAAAAAGGUGCCUUUGUGGGUUCUGUUCAGGCUGAAGAUUUGGACCAGACCGCAGAGUUUAACCGCAUUUCUUUCAGCAUUAUAGAAGGGAGCUUCGGCAGCUUCAUCAUCCGCACCUUUGCAGAGCAGCGGGGUUACAGGGGAAACAUCACUGUGGACCCAGACAUUGAGCUGGACUACGAGAGCACUCGCAAGCAAUUUCAACUGCAGGUGGAGGCGAUGGAUCUGGAACAGAAGAAAGCCACGGUGACGGUGAGGGUGGACGUGUUGGACGUGAACGACGAGAGGCCCGAGUUCAAGCCGACACCCCCCGUGACGGUGAAGGAGAACUUCACCAUUAGCGGGCCCGUCGGGAGCUUCACAGGACAGGACAAAGACGGCAACCACUCGCUGGUUUACGAGUUGGAAUCCAUCGAAUGCAGAUGCAACGGAGUUCUGGAGCCCUGCAGCUGGUUUAUCCUGGAUCCAACGGGGGAAGUCAGAGUCAACCCGGAGCACACGGUGGAUUAUGAAGAAUGUGACCAGGUGCUGAUAGACGCCCAGGUGGUGGACGAGUACACAGAGAAGGGAGAGAACAACAGUGCAACAGCAGGACAAAUGGUGAUCAACAUUGAAGACAUCAACGACAAUGCUCCGGAAUUCAUUUUCUCCAAAUCUGUAUUUGUGGUGGUGUCAGAAAGUGCGAGCAAGGGGACAUCGGUGGCAGCCGUCACCGCUACGGACCGAGACUCUGGAAUAAAUAGGCAAAUUGACUUUAAAGUAACCGAGGUCCAAUUUCGAAACGACAACAAUCAAACAAGCACCAUGAGGAUUCUGUUUGAGGCCGUCACCACACAGCAAAAGGACGUAUAUGUUGGCAUUAUUCAAACAAGCGAGAAGCUUGAUACUUCACUGAAAGGGAAGUAUUUGGUAAAAGUGAGUGCAACUGACACCGGCGACCUCUCCACCAGCACCAUACUGGAGAUUUUCGCAGUUGAUGAAUCAUUUCGAGUGGAACUCGCAUUCACAAAAUCCCAAACUGUCGUUGAAGCAAACCUCAAUGAAAUCACCAGAGCGCUCACUGCUGCAACGAAGGCUUCUGUUGAAAUUGCUUCCAUCCGUUCUGACACUGCGGAAGUAUCCAGAGUUUCAGGUAACACUAUCAUAGUGGCAUACUUUGUCUACGCCAACGGAACUGCUCUCAGCUUUAAUGAAGUGGAAAAGAUGAUCUCUGAACCUCCACACUCGCUUGCACUUAUAGAGCUUGGCCUUGCGGACAUUGGGAAGGCUCCUGUUAUCGAACAAGUCACCGACCCGGUCAGGUACAUCCUGCUCGGGAUAUUGGCCGGUCUCAUCGUCGUGCUGGCCGUCCUCAUCACUUCACUCAUGUGCACUCGCAGAAACUACAAGAGGAAGCUGAAGGCCGCUAAAGCCAUGAACUCUGCAGCCACGGUGACCUCUGACAACCAGAAAAGUGGUCCCGUGGUGCCUGGUACCAACAAGUACACCACGGAGGGGGCCAAUCCUGUUCUCAACCGCAUCAUCGACGGGGCCAUGAUCUUGGACAUGGACGAGGAGAGCUCCGAUGUGGACAAAGUCAGCCUCAACUCCCUUGAUUCCAGCGGUUAUAUGACCAACACUGAUAAAGAUAAACCCAUGAACAUUAUCCAGGAGGAGGAGGAGGAGGAGGACAGCAUUGAACCUCUGGGUGCAGCUCUCGCCCAGCGGGGCCAAAAGAAAAGCUCUGGUGAUCACAUUGGUUUCAGUAACCCUAUCUUCAGCACCACAGACCUGUGAUGGGUAUAAUCGCGUUGCUUCUCUGUAAUCUGUUAAACAAAUUGAUGGUGUUGGACAAAUACUUUUAUUCUUCUUUUGUGACCAAUUGGAAAGAGUUAUUGAUGUUACGCACAAGCUCGUGGCAACAAGGGAUGAAUUUGCUUUGUCAAAACAUUUAAAUCAAGGACUAACAAUAUGGAAAACAAAAAUUCCGCCUGUUUCCAGACAUUAGGCUAAAGUUUUCUGAUAGAUGUGACUUCACUUUUAAUGCAACUACAAACAAACAACAAACCGUCUCUUUCGCAAAUAAGCACAUUUCCACAAACGUCGAGCUCUUCUUUCAAAAGUCACCUCACAUAAUUGUAGCUAGACAAAAAAAAUAGGACAGAAGCAAAAGUAAAGCAAACAAGAGAGUUGUUUGUUGCACAUGUAAAUCACUUUAUUUUUUCUUAGCAUUUUAAGCAGCAGCUUAACGAUUGUUGACUUGCUUUGAAAUAAACUGUAAUAAUACAUGUUAACUCACACUGUGUAACUUUAGUUGCUGCUGAUGCUACCAGAAAGACAUUCCAAAAAGAGUGAAAUAUAACUUAAUGUAAACGAAAUUUUUAUGACGGCAUGUCUGCCAAAAGACUUGUUUAUAUGUUGCUUUGAGUUAAUUGCUUUGAGUUUGAGAUUCUCAUGCUGAAAUAAAACCUCAUGCAAUGUGACAUAAAAUUCCUAAGAGCAGUGGGGAGAAAUAAUUAUUGACUGUUUACUGACAUCUAAAUGAAUGUAACGUAAUCAGAUUGAAUGUAAUGCAAUCUAAAUAAAAUACAUUUUGCAAAAUUUA